AUGGGCUAUUCAAACAACCAUAUCGACAUCAAUAUCUCGUUGGAUGUUGGGAGCCUUGCAUGGAGGUUCACAGGUUAUUAUGGGUACCCUGAGAGGCAGCGCAAGCGUGAGACGAUUUCGGACUGUGGUUUGCAAGACUUUCCAUUCUCGGGCAACCAGUUUACAUGGGAACGCUCGCAUGGUAGCCCCAAUAUGGUCGAAGAAAAAUUGGGCGGUAUCACGGCUUAUGAUAGUUGGUUGAACUUGUUUGGCAGUGUUACUACUAGUUCAUUGUUAUGCCCGUACAGUGACCAUUUACCGCUAUUUUUAAUACCUAUUGCGGAGCAGCGUGCAAGAGGAAGAAACAAGUUCAUAUUCGACAACAUUUGGCUACGCGAAGACAAGUGCCGUGAAAUUGUGGUGCGGAGUUGGGAAAGAUCUGUAGGCUUGGAUGCUCUGAGCAGGGUUGAACGUUGUGGCCGGGAUAUUGGGUAG